GCGCUGGUGCAGGAGAGCAAAGAGACCCUGCAGCGUACAGAGCCUCACUGGCCGCAGCUCGCGCAGGACGGCAUUCGUAACGUGUGGAUCGUGAAGCCUGGCGCGCAGUCCCGAGGACGAGGCAUCCUGCUCAUGCACAGUCUCGCCGACAUACUCGCGCUCGUCCAGUCUCCCUUCAUUUAUGAGACCAAAUACGUCGUCCAGAAAUACAUGGAGCGUCCGUUUCUUAUUUACAACACAAAGUUCGACAUCAGACAGUGGUUUAUGGUGACAGAUUGGAACCCUCUCACCAUCUGGAUGUACAGGUCGAGCUACGUGCGUUUCUGUUCCCAAGAAUACGACGUGAGCCGCACGGACGAGGCUGUGCAUCUCAGUAACAACGCCAUACAGUGCAAGUACAGGAACGGUCUCCGGGACCAUCGUCUGCCUCACGAGAACAUGUGGGACUCCGACACCUUCAAUGCAUUCCUCGA